AUCACAUCCGGUGUAGAUGUUUGCCAUGUUUUGGCUCUGUUGUCUCUCAGUUUAGUUUCAAUUUCAGUCUAAAACUGUUUAUAUUGGUUAUUUCCAGCCGUCAUGUCCCGGGGGUCAAGUGCAGGGUUUGACCGUCAUAUCACCAUCUUCUCUCCGGAGGGAAGACUCUACCAAGUCGAGUAUGCCUUCAAAGCCAUCAACCAGGGAGGGCUGACCUCUGUAGCGGUCAGAGGGAAGGACUGUGUUGUGGUCGUCACACAAAAGAAAGUCCCGGACAAGCUGUUGGAUGCUGCGACAGUCACACAUCUGUACAGAAUUACAGAGAACAUUGGCUGUGUUAUGACCGGCAUGACUGCUGAUAGCAGGUCUCAGGUGCAGAGAGCACGGUAUGAAGCAGCCAACUGGAUGUAUAAGUAUGGUUAUGAGAUCCCUGUGGACAUGUUGUGCAAACGUAUUGCAGACAUCUCCCAAGUCUACACACAGAAUGCUGAGAUGAGGCCACUUGGCUGCUGUAUGAUAGUGAUUGGAAUGGAUGAAGAGUUGGGUCCGCAGCUGUAUAAAUGUGACCCAGCCGGCUAUUACUGUGGCUUUAAGGCCACAGCAGCCGGAGUCAAACAGACUGAGGCCACAAGCUUCCUGGAGAAGAAAGUCAAGAAGAAACUGGAUUGGACCUUUGAGCAGACCAUAGAGACGGCUAUCUCGUGUCUGUCAACCGUUCUGUCCAUCGACUUCAAGCCCUCAGAGCUGGAGGUGGGAGUUAUUACUACAAAAGAACCUAAAUUCAAGAUUCUGUCAGAGUCUGAGAUUGAUGUCCACCUGGUGGCUUUGUCUGAGAGAGAGUGAGGAAAGUUGGCAACCAUUUUGCUGCCGAUUCUGAAAAGGAUGAACUGUAACACCAGAAAACCCCGACUCCUCCACACAAAGGUCUUGCCUAGAGAGAAGAUAAAGGAGGAGUUGGUAUCAUCUUGUUCAGAGGAGGUGGCACUACACAGCGAGGUAGAGAUGAACACAAAGAUGAACAGUAAAGAACAAUAUGGCCCUUCUUACCAGGUGGGUAGUUACCCAUCUACACUGGCAUUUGCCCCUCCUCCAUCCCUUCUGGUCAUGACUGGACACAAUGUUAUCCACAUGUCGACCCCUCUUGCAUUUUCCCUCUAGCCACACUGAGACAUCCUCACUGCAGGCAGCUGCCAAAUGUCACACAGCCUGGAAAGAUGCUGGACAUUCAAAUCAGUCCACCAUGACACAUCAGUCUGAUAUGCUCUUCUCUCUCAGUGGAGCUUAGCCCUAAAUGACUUCAGUUGAUGAGUGUGACGUGAGUAGAUUGGAAGACAGGGGUGUGGUAACACUACGGACUACAGCACAAUACCUCUUAAUACCUCUACCUGGUGGUCCUGUAGCUUCUGGAGUCACCAAUCUUUACUCAGGGCUGCCACAACGUGUAUCUCUUAUUUUUUAAAUCUGCUUUAAAGUCUCCCUUCUCCGCUGUCUCUAGUUCCACAUUGAUGUUUUUGCUCUGAUGUACUUUGUGAUAACCCAGGGAACAGCUGUGGGAAUUCUCCCAUUACGACAGUCAUCAUUGUCACACCCCUGUUAAGGUCUGCUCAGGUCAACGUCAACGGGAAGUCACAUUUCAUUCUCGCCCUUCUGUCUUGAUCUUCAUCCCCUCUGCUGACAUUGCUGUACAGUACUGCAUUAAACACAACACUUUUUAUCGAACA